CCAAAACUCAGCUGUCCCCUGAUUUGUACAACUCUCUGCAUCUCACUUCUGACUCAUUUCACUUUGUCUUGUCCUUUCCUUUUGUUUUGUUUCUCUCUCACUAUCUCUCUUCUCAAAUAUUCUUCUUUCGGCUACAAGAUUCUUUCUUUCCUCACGCCAUCUCCAAUUCAAUUCUUACUUUGUAUUUUUCAGAGCCACCCCAAUGAUUCAAAAUUCAUUUUUUUUCUCUUUGUUUUUACCAUUCUCUUCUUUCUUCUUCACAAAAGGAGAUCGGAUAUGGUAAUGGUGGUGAGGGGGUUUGUUAUUAUUACUACCGAUACAGAUGUUCAUUUUAGUGGGGUACUCUAUUGAAAAUUGGCCAGAUUGUGCGGGCCUUCAAAGUUGGAUCUUGGCUCGCAACAUACGUGGACGAGUUCUCUUCAUUGGUGUUGGUCCUUUGUGAGUAAGUGAGCGAUCCAAUUUGAACAAAAUUGAAUUGAGGGUUUGAGUGGUGAGAGAGUGAUUCUGAUUUGUGACAUGGAAGUGUUGUUUAAUUGUAAGCUGUCACAGUUAAUGGGUGGUGGCACUGUGAGAUCCUUGGCUUGCAAAUGUGUGUUUCUGCUUGUUGCUGUUUUGAUUCUCAGAGCUCUGUUGGUUCCUCCCUCCCCUGGCUUUGGUGGGGUUGAAUGGAGCAACCUUGGGUAUAUCAGGAACAAUCCUCCAUCAUUUGGUUAUGGGGUUAGGCAAGAUAAGUUUUUGGAGGUUCCUCAGAUUGUGUGGGGAUUGAACAACCAGAAGAUUGCAUUUGCAAGGGCUUGCCUCACUGCUAAAAUGCUCAAUAGAACUCUAUUGAUGCCUAGUCUUAGUGCCUCCUUGUUUUACAAAGAAAUUGACCUCUUGCAACCAAUUUCCUUUGACAAGGUGUUUCAAUUUGACAAGUUUAAUGCAUUGUGUAGUAGGUUUGUGCAUCUGGGUCGGUACUCGGAUCUCUCGAACCGAACACGAGUGAUCGAAAUGCAGAAAGGGAGUGGUAGGAAGUGGACUGUGGAGAGGGAUUUGGAUCAAUUGACACAGCAUAGCAAAGGGGAAGUUGAUGACCAUGAGGUGAUUAGGAUAGUGGGGAAAAACCCUUUCUUGUGGCAUGAUCAUUGGCCUGUGAAGGACUAUGCAAAGGUUUUUGAGUGCUUGGUUUUGAUAGAUGAGAUUGGUCAAGAAGCAGAUAGAGUUGUGUCUAGGAUUAGAGCAAUUGGAAGAGAGAUACGAAGCAAUAGUGAGUCAGUGGAAUUGGAGAAUGAUAAGUCUUCUUUUGAGCCUCUUCCAUAUGUUGCUGUCCACAUGAGAGUGGAAAUUGAUUGGAUGAUUCAUUGCAAGAAGUUGGAGCAGAGAUUAAGCACAAACCAAAUAUGUAGUAGCAAGAAAGAGAUAAUGGAAAGAGUUGGCAACAUCAAAGGUUUGAAGACUCCCCUUGUUGUUUAUCUUGCUGUGGCUGAUAAACUCCUCCAAAAUUCUUCCAUACUAGAAGGUUGGGAAGAAGGUUUUCUACCAUAUGAGAAGAAGAAACUUGGUGUUGAUGGAAUUUACAAAAAGUAUCCAUAUCUAAUUCAGUCUGCAAUUGACUAUGAAGUGUGCUUGAGGGCUGAUACCUUUGUGGGAAACAGUUUCUCCACAUUUUCAAGCCUCAUAGUUCUUGAAAGAACACAAAAAAUGAUCAGAAUGGGUGUGAACAACAUGUGUGGAACAGAUGUAAGAUGGCCUUCUUAUGCUUAUAAUAUCGCAGGAGAAUCAAAUGCCCCUAUGAGAUGGGUAACAAAUAUGUCUCAUUCAAGCCUUCAAGAAAUCAGCUAUGGCACCAAUCACAUUUCUUGUUGACUAAGAAGUUCCUACUUCAAAUCUAAGAUCUCCUUUCUCUUGUCUCAAUUUUUUUCACUUCUGGAUUUUGAUUAGCACACUUAAAUUUUUUUGUUUAUAAUUUUUUUAUGUAGAUAAUUGGACAAUGAUAUGUAGCUGUUCACAGUACAGAGGUACAUUUUUUCAUUA